GUCGGCGAACAGUGGUUCUCCCCAUGUGACAAUAUAUAGGUCAAAUAGACACCAAAGUCUGUAAUAUAUUGACAUAAUGCCAACUGAUUCAAGACGCUUAACAGGACCUGAAGAAACGAAGAGUCCAUAUGCAUAUGUUAAACAAAAGAAAAAACUUCAGGUCCUCACAGGAAAGAGACACGAUGGGCGAUCUCCAGAGACACUCCGGCCUAUAUUCCUGAAGGCAGAUGUAGUGAGUCAGGCGAGGGGGUCAGCCUACAUAGAACAGGACAACACCAAGGUCAUGUGUGCAGUGUAUGGUCCUAGGGAAGUGGGACGUAAGGAGGACUUCAGUAUGAAAGGUAUCAUCAACUGUGUGUUUAAGUACGCCACAUUCUCGUGUCGAUACCGGCGCUCAUACCAACAGGACAGCGAGGAGAAGGAUAUGUCUGUACAGCUAUUGGAUGCCCUGGAACCAGCCGUGUGUAUGCACAAAUUUCCCAAAGCUCAAGUGGAUAUAUAUGUAACAGUUCUACAGAAUGAUGGUUCAGCAUUGGCAGCAGCAAUAACGUGUGCUUCUGUAGCCUUGGCCAAUGCUGGAGUCGACAUGUACGACCUUGUGGCGGGGUGUUCUGUGAGAAUUGCUGACAAUCUUGUUCUUGUGGACCCCACAGAGAGUGAGGAAUAUAAAUCUCAGGAUGACAACCCAGUGAACCAUGGAAGUGUGACUCUGGGUUACAUGCCAUCCCUCUAUCAGGUCUCGGCCAUCACCUCCAAGGGAGAAAUCGAGUUUGAGGUCAUCAAGAAGGCAAUCAACCUGUGUGGUAACACCUCUCAGACUCUCUACCCUGUACUCCAGAAGUGUCUCAAUAACUCGGUAACUGAUAAACUACACACGAAGAGAAAUAACAGUAUACAAACGUGAUACUAUACUGAACAGUGCUAUUAUAAGAUUAGAAAACGUGCCUAUCUGAUGUGAGGAACAGUGUGACAGCAGUGUCGGCCUUAUCAGUGCGAUUUAACCUCGCUAAUGUGAGUGACAAUCUGCCAGCAGUGACGAUCCAGUCAGUGUGAUUUUGCCUAACUGUUGUGAGGGACAGUCUGAUUUGGCCUGAAUGUUGUAAGGGACGGUCUGACAGUAGUGAUGACCUAAUCGUUGUGAUUUUGUCUAACUGAUGUGCGGGUCAGUUUGCCAGCAGUGACGACUUUUCCAGAGUGAUUUUGCCUAACUGUUGUGAGGGACAGUCCUGUUUAACCUAACUGUUGUGAGGGACAGUCUGACAGCAGUGAUGAUCUUAGCUUAAAUGAUGUGAGGUCAGUUUGUCAGCAUUGACAACCUUAUCAGUGUUGUUUAGCCUAAUUUAUGUGUGGGACAAUCAGACUUAGCCUAACUGAUGUGAGGAAAAACAUGACAGCAGUGACGAUCCAGUCAGUGUGAUUCAGCCUAACUGAUGUGAGGUACAGUCUGCCAGCAGUGACGACCUAAUCCUUGUGAUUUUGCCUAACUGAUGUGAUGAGACAGUGUGACAGCAGUGAGGUUUAUAUGAGGGACAAUCUGACAGCAGUGAUGAUCAUAUUGUGUUUUUUUGCCUAACUGAUGUGAGGGACAUUCCUGCAGCAGGGAUGCUCUGAUCAGUGAUAUGCCUAUACACGGUGAGGUCUGAGUUACAUCUACUAAGCUUUGUCAUUCCCACUUUAAGAUUUUCAGUAUGCCAAAUUUUAUAGAUAUAAUGUGUGUCAUUCUCACUUACUCCGAUCAUCAGUAUUCUAAGUUUUACAGAUCUAAUGUGUGUCACUGUUGCCGUCUUCUGACCAUGAAUAAGUUUUACAGAUGAAAUGGUCGCCAUUUUUACUGUGUAGGAACCAGAUCACAUGUCAUAACCAUGAUCAUAUAAAUAUAAUCAUAGUGCUACAGUACAGCCGAAUGUUAUUGUAUCUGUCCAGGAUUUCUUGGGGAAAAAAAUUAAUCUCAGACUUUACCUUUUCUCAGAAUAUUUUUUAUGCCGUAAACAUUUGGUUUACAGUAAACCCCAUUUCCUCCAAUUUGGUUUAUUCGAAUACCCCUCAUUCGUCGAUUAGUUUGUUUGGUCCCGACUAAGAUCGUACAUAUAUAUUCUUUGUAAAGUAACCCCAGAUUAGUUUGUUUGGUCCCGACUAAGAUCGUACAUAUACAUUCUUUGUAAAGUAACCCCAGAUUAGUUGAACCGUUAUUCCUUGAAUACUCUGUAUUCCUCGAACAAGAUUUUGCCCCUGACUCUUAAUGGUCAUAUAUGUGACUUGAGGCACAGGCUGCGGUCAACGCUCAUUGUGCUUAUACAAGUGUCGGAUGGACGUCAUAUAAUUGGAGGUUUAAAUUUAACGGCAAUAUAAUUAAGUAACUGUACCGGUACCCUGUUGUAACUGCAUUAUCAUUUUGUGCGCAUAUUCAUUAUUUCCAGACGAUGUUUUGACGUAGAUGAUUUGGCGGAAGUGUUAAUUCACUGGGUGUGUAAACCAUAAUUCGGCAUGGCAAUAUUAAUUGGUAUAAUCACAAAGCAGAUUCUUGACCAACUGAAACUUGGAUACGUUGUGAUUGUUAAUUUUGUUAUCAAUCAACAGUAUGAUAUACUUUUGAUAUUUUGUAAAAUUUAGGUAGCCAAUUACAGUGUGGCAGACUAUGUCAAAACGACAAAAACAUUACACAUGCAGCUUUUUAAUCUUAUUAACUUUCUUAAUACUGGUGGCUAUAUGUUUUCAUUGUUUAAUCUUAUUAAAUGCUCUCAUCUUGAUUAAGUAUUUUUUUUCUUCUAUCAUCUACUAUCUGCAAUAUUUGCAACUUGCUUGUACUGUCUAUCUGUUGUUCCAUCUGGGAUAAAAAAAUGACUGUCGGUCGAACCUCGGAUUCGUCAAAUACCAUAUAUUCAUCGAACUGUUGACCUGGACCCAACAAGUUCGAGUUAGUGGGUUUUUACUGUAGUUACUAAUAUAACUUUGAAACCAUAUACUUUAAUCUUUUGAGACUGAUGAUCUUACAGAAUGAUAUCUCCCACUACCUCUGUAGAUUUCCUCCUGGCCGUGUCUGUGAAUUAAUCUGCUAGGCAUUAGUAAACAUUUUUGGCUACCUACUAGUGGGUAACACCCUGAACAUUAUUUCUUUGAUCAAUCUAAUUAUGACGUCAGAUAACAAUGCUUUGCGACGUGACUUUCAUUGUGACGUCGUAGUUUAUGGCAAUUGUUUCCAGAUUGAAAACAGGAAUAAUGUAUUCCCUAGAGAAAAAUUGGUUAUCUAGAUAAAAUAUUUGAAUGUUUUUGGGAGAAAGAGGUCACCAAACUUGUGAAGGUUGAUUUUCAUGUUUAUCCAACUCUCGUAAGUUAAUUUUCAAAUUGUAAAAGACACUUGGUUAACCUUGUGUCUUUAUACAAUUUGAUAUUAACUAACUCAAAUUAGAUAACAUGAUAUAAUUACAAGCAGCCAUCACUUGAAGUGGCACUUCUAUAUCAUUGUAUGAAUUUAUAACAAGCACAAUACAUAUAUCAUAACACUGGAAAAAUCAUCUUAGAAUGAAGAAAUAAAGAACUACGGUAUUAGCUUUAUUUAGAAUUUGAAAAGUAUUUCAUAAGACAUGAACAUUUUAUGGCAAAAUUUAUGCUUGGGUAAAAUAAUUAUUUUAAGAAAUGCGUUGAUGCAGCUCAAGAGACGAAUAAUGCUCAUAUUAAAUAAAAUAAAUUUAUAAAUUAGUAUCUGCAUUUCUUUUGUACAGUUCUAUAAGUUAGUACGUAUAUGAAUAUACCUAGACUUCUUUUGUAUAGUCCUUAGCUAGGUAAACCUACCAUCCAAAAAUGUUUUUAUAAUAUCUUGGAAAGUAGUUACGUAUUGCAUAUCAUCGGGCGGCUAAAAAGCUGGCAGCCAAGAUCAAUUUGACUGAUCAUAUACAAUUAUGCAAGUGUCACAAGUCCGUUUGCUGGAUAUAAUAUUACAUUUACCAUCGAAUGGCAUUGCUACUAUAUAACCCUACUAAAAGCCAGUUGGCAUUUUUAUAGACUAUGUCAUGGAUGAAUUGUUGACGUCACCAUUAUUAUGACCUCAUAAUCGUUACAUUGGAUACCAGUAUACGUAGCCCUCCCUGGGCGAUUGCUAUUCUAUUCACUGAACAAGCAUACACGACGCAUUUACAUCAUUUGAACUAAUUGCUGAAUAAAAAUAAGUGCAAUUGAAUUUUCUAUGACAUGAAUAAUUUAUAAAAUGGUAAAUAUAAGCAUUUAACUGCAAAUGCAAUGAUGCGCGCUAGCACUCCAUGUUGGAUUUGGCUUUGUGUAGUUGGCACGUUUUCAAAAUAUGAGUACAUGGUAAUAAAACUUAAAGUGACGUUGCGUGGGCCCCUGGGUCCCAGGGUUAUAUUUGUAACAUAGUGGAAAAUGCAAUAUUGAAACAAAUUCUACUUCCUGCCUCCCCUGCUGUUUAGGGAAAGAAGGCUAGUAGUAAAAAAAAUAAAAACAUAUCUGCAGUAAAAUAAAAAAAAUAAAAAAUCUGUUUGUUUUUUAGCGGUUUUCUCUAUCUCUUGUAAGAAACCAUUUCUGUGUGCAAUUUUAGAACUUUCCUCUAUAUAUUGUAUGAAUUGAUUUCCUCAUGAAGCCCCAAAAAUGGCUGUUAAGGGAAAGAAGGCCAGUAGUAAAAAAAAA